AAUAAACAAUUUUGUUUUGUAGUUUUGAUCGUUACAGAGCGAGGCAACCACGCCUCCAGCCUCCAAGCUUCCUUCUCAUUCGGAAUUUGCUGCUACGAACGUACACAUUCAUGACAACCACAACCAUAGCCAUACUAGAAUAUGGCUUUAGCUUGGCCCAACCAUAUACUUUUUCGGUCUAGCACCAACUGCGUUAUCCUCUCCGAUCUCACCGAAUCUCGCUCUGCUGAAACGCUAUGGCCGAUUUCUUCGACUCUAGUACACCGGAGAAACAUCUCCUUGCUGUCCACGGCUACGUUGACAGCCAAGACUUUGACGCCUUCCCUCGGAUGCUUCAGCAAAUCCACGGAGGAUAAGCAGUGGACUGAAGCGGAAACUAUCGUUUCAGAUUCCGAUACUGGGAGCAGAGAGGAGGAGAAUGAGACUAGCAGCCAGAUUUCUGUUAGUACUAAUGGUCGGGUUGACUCCCAAUCCCGUAGAACUGCGACCACCGCGUUUGGUGAUUCUGUCUCCUUGGGAAUUCGGGAACCAGUUUAUGAGGUUGUAGAAGUAAAGUCAAACGGAGCACUAUCAACCAAAAAAAUCAACAGGAGGCAACUAUUAAAAAUGAGCGGUCUUCGUCCAAGAGACAUUCGAAGUGUGGAUCCAUCAUUGUUUUUGACAAAUUCUAUGCCUUCGCUGCUGCAUAUCGUUCUGCAUCUUUUCAUAUCAAUCAGUAAAGGUGGGAAAGCUUUUCUUGAGACAUUGCUGCCUCGGUUGAACCCUAAGAACAGCAAUGGUGGGCCAUCGAUGCCAUUUGAGCUUGAGGUUGUUGAAGCAGCAUUGCUAUCAAGAACACAGCGGUUAGAGCAGAGAUUGAUGGACUUAGAACCUCGUGUUCAAGCUCUUCUUGAGGUCUUGCCUAACCGAUUAACUGGUGACAUAUUGGAGCAACUACGUAUUAGUAAACAAACUUUGGUUGAAUUAGGUUCCAGGGCAGGAGCUCUCAGACAAAUGCUGCUUGAUCUUCUGGAGGACCCUCAUGAAAUACGCCGCAUAUGUAUUAUGGGAAGCAAUUGCACUCUUAAGAGAGGAAGUGAUGUUGUGGAGUGUUCAGUGCCCUUAGAAAAACAGAUUGCUGAGGAAGAAGAGGAAGAAAUUGAGAUGCUUCUGGAAAAUUAUCUUCAAAGAUGUGAAUCUUGUCAUGGUCAAGCUGAAAGGCUUCUGGAUUCUGCGAGGGAAAUGGAAGAUUCUAUAGCUGUAAAUUUGAGCUCACGGAGGCUUGAGGUUAGCAGAGUGGAACUGCUUCUUCAGGUUGGGACAUUCUGUGUGGCAGUCGGUGCCCUAGUUGCAGGUAUAUUUGGCAUGAACCUGAAAUCAUAUCUUGAAGAACAUGUGUUUGCAUUUUGGCUGACAACAGCUGGGAUUAUUGUUGGCGCGGUCAUUACAUUUUUCCUUAUGUAUUACUAUCUCAAGGCAAGGAAAAUACUCUGACGGGAAGAAACUUCAAGCUUAGGUACCAAUGUUUAGCAGGUGACAUCGAAACACAACUCAGCACGCGACGUAAGCGGUUAUUCAAGAUGGUUAUGAAAGCUUGUGAUAGGAUUCACACCGCUCGUAUGCUGUGUUUUCUUUGUUGGUUGAACCUAGGCUGUGUUUUCAAGCAAGCAGUAUUUACCAAUUAUUUGUUCGUGGAGCUCACAAUGGCUGUAACAUUGGUGAUCAAUUAAUGAAUUGAAUAAAUCAGUCAUAAAGAA